AUGGGGGUGGAGGGAUGCACCAAGUGCAUCAAGUACCUGCUCUUCGUCUUCAAUUUCGUCUUCUGGCUGGCCGGAGGCGUGAUCCUGGGCGUGGCCCUGUGGCUGCGCCAUGACCCGCAGACCACCAACCUCCUCUACCUGGAGCUGGGAGACAGGCCUGCACCCAACACCUUCUACGUGGGCAUCUACAUCCUCAUCGCUGUGGGCGCCGUCAUGAUGUUCGUGGGCUUCCUGGGCUGCUACGGGGCCAUCCAGGAGUCGCAGUGCCUGCUGGGGACGUUCUUCACCUGCCUGGUGAUCCUCUUUGCCUGUGAGGUGGCCGCCGGCAUCUGGGGCUUCGUCAACAAAGACCAGAUCGCCAAGGACGUGAAGCAGUUCUACGACCAGGCCCUGCAGCAGGCGGUGGUGGACGAUGAGGCCAACAACGCCAAGACCGUGGUCAAGACCUUCCACGAGACGCUCAGCUGCUGUGGCUCUGAUGCACUGAGCACCCUCACCACCUCCAUCCUCAAGAACAACCUGUGUCCCUCGGACAGCUCGCUGCUCAACAACCUGAAGGCGAACUGCCACCAGAAGAUCGACGACCUCUUCUCGGGGAAGCUGUACCUCAUCGGCAUCGCGGCCAUCGUGGUCGCCGUGAUCAUGAUCUUCGAGAUGAUCCUGAGCAUGGUGCUCUGCUGCGGCAUCCGGAACAGCUCCGUGUACUGA